AACCACUUUCUUUUCCGGGGUCAGGCAACUCUGAAAAUGGCGGUGCGCGUUCCGCGAUUUCUUACGCCGCUUUUUCUGGCAUGGUUUCGCGAUUCGCUUGACAAUUUCCAACCCACGCUGGUGGCCGAGGUUCUGUAAACAAUGAGGUGGUACGGUUGAAACCUUCGAAAUUCCCGGCGCCUAAGUACCGCGCUAGUGAUACGCUAAGCUAGCAGGGCGUGUGUUGCGUCUCUUGAGACAGGAGUGCCACCGAGUGUUGUUAAAGCCAGGUUACGACUGUCUCUAGAUGCAGAAAACGUUCAGUGCGAAGUUUAAGCGGUCUUCACGACGUAGACCCGACCCAACCAUCUUGCCACGUCUUUCUCUUGUGCCAGGCUAACCCGAUGUGCGCGCGUGGUGCGAAUCUUGUCUCGGGCGAUAAGUGAUCAACGCGUCGACCGCCACAGUGCUGCAUCAUGCGUCAACUAAAAGUUGGCGACACAUUCGACUCGUUUACCGAAUGGAAGAGCACGCUGGAUGAGUUCUGCAAGGCAACCGAGCAGGGCUUUAAGGUUUACGCGUCCAAGUCGGUGAAAAGUUACAAUAAGAAACUCGAGCAGAGCCGGCUCAAGUGCAAGACCAAGCUGCCGGCGCCGGAGACCGUGGAUGAGAAAUGGCAGUUCACCUACGUUCAGUACUGCUGCGUACUGUCGCGCGGCAAGAGCAAGGCACGCGACGAUCCCAAUGGAAAGAUAGCAUACAAAAAAUGCAAUGCAGCUUUGGGUAUCAAGUUCGACAAGCAGAAUGAAAAGCUGGUUCUCAUCAAGGUGAACUUGGAGCACAAUCACUCAGACCCGCCCGAGGCCCCUGACACUAAUGCAGUUGACAGCACCAACGACCUCUCACAGGAGGGCCUCACAGCACUGCAAGACUCAAACUUGGGUGACCUGGAGGCCGACGGUGAUGGGGAUGCCCAGAUUGAAGCCGAUGGUGAGCAGGGAGGUGAACCCGAGUCCAGCUCCAGUGACGAAAGCGAUGACGAUGAGGAUGGCAUGGAUCCACUGCACACUGGCGUUGGUGAGGAGUUCCGAGCGCUCAGUGUGCGCCAUGCCCGGCAAUUGCAGCUUACCCUGGGUGGUGCCAGUGGCAAUGGUGCAGCCACGGACAGCUCAUUGCGUGAGGCUACUGAGAUCGCGUCACUGCUACGUGAACUCGAGAAGCUAGAGGAGGCAGAUGCCGACGCUGCAGUCUCUGUCAUCGUGGGCGCCGGUGAUGCCGUGACAGCUGUGUUUUUCCAGACGGGUGCCAUGCGCCGAUCGCUACGCCAGUUCCCCGAGCUGCUGCUCUUCGACAGUGGCUACACAUUCGCCGCCAUGGUGACGGGGCCCGGGGGGCGGCCUCGGUUCUCGCUUGCCUCGUGGAGCGGCCACGAUGCGGCUGGCCUGGGCUGCCCAUUUGCCUUCGCGCUCGUCAUGCGGCCCGUGCGGCUUGUCGUCGGUCUGCUGAUGAGCGUAUUCACACAGGCCAACCCCGUGGCCUCCCAGGUGCGUCUGCUGCUGCUGGGCAAAGAGCAGCUCAAGCUGCAGGGCCUGCGGAACUUCUUCGACCAGGCAAGCACCACGCUUCUGUGCCACUACCACGUCAUUCGCUCGUUGCUGGGCAAGAUGGACCAGCUGAAAAUGCCGCCGUCGGAGCAGGAGCGGGUGUGCCGAACGCUGCGUGCCAUGCUGGCAUGCCUGCACGAGCGCACCUACAUGGACAACCUGCGACGGCUGCUGAUGGCCAAGGGGCGCUUUUCGAACCACUUCCAGCACGUGUGGCACGAGCAGCGGGACCUCUGGGCCGGCUUCCGCCGGUCGGGCCUCGUGCCCUGGUGUGCAGGUGUCAACGACCGCGUCGAGGCGCUCGUCCAGUUCCAGCAGGCGGUGUGCAACCAGUCUCGCAGCCUGUGCGAGGCCGUGUGCAACCUGGCUUACGGGGCGCACGGCGUGCUCGCCCAGACCACCACUGAGGCAAUGCUGGACGAGAUCCGCGAGUACCAUGUCCAGUUGCUCGACUACGAGGCGCGCCUCAUCGCCGCCUGCUGUGACUAUGCCGCUGUCCACGUGCUGGUGCAGAUACGCAUCUCGCGCUCACACAAGUUUUCGGUGCUGGCCUCGGGCUCACAGCUCGUGGUCAAUUCUAUUGCGGGAAAGGGCACGCUACCCCUUGGUGGCUUCGCCUGCGACUGCGUGUUCCGCCAGACCUACCGGCUGCCAUGCACACAUGCCUUCGUCGUGGCGCAUGCCCGCAACAUCGAGAUACCACUCGACGAAGUGGCGCAGCGAUGGCGGAGGUGUGGCCCAUUCCCAAUCGACUUGACUGCUGGCGGCACCGGUGGUGCCAGCGGCGAGGUCAGCGAAGGGUGGGCGGGUGAAGGGCAGCGCGAGUACCAGGAGCGCAUGUCAAGGGCCCGUGACCUCUCUGAGGCGCUGUGCUCAGUAGCAGCGCACAGCGCACCCGACGGCUGGCACCACAUGCAGGCGGUGCUCACGCAGCUGUACCGCACCUGGGCGCGGAACCCAGCAGCACGCAUCACGCUGGCCCUCGAGGAUGGCACGCCGCUGCCCAUCAGCCCUCCACCACCACUUCCAGGGACCACUGCUGCAUUGCAGCACACAGCGGUGCCCUGCAGUGGUGUUGGCACCAAGAGCCAGCCAGUGGUGCCAAAGGACGAGCUGCUCGACGCCAUGGAUGAGUUCGAGCUCUCCCAGAAGGACACCAGCAACAUGGCCUCCGGCCUGGAAGACAACCACCACGCUGCGAUGCUUUCGGACGAUGACGCCGACAUGCCACGUGACAGCGUCAAGAGCAACGUGUUUGCCGGCACCACCCAGCUAGAGAAAACCGAGCCCCCCUGCUCCCCCGGCGGGCUGCUCAAUGUGCCCAGUGGUCACCACCACCAUCACCACCACCACCACCAGGGCGGUGGAGACGGUGGCGACGGCGUGACGGCGUCCGGCCUGGGCAACAUCAAGAUGCCCGACGAUGCUGUGUUUGGCUUUUCGGGGGGCAUCUUCAAGGACGGGGCGACCGAGGCAGCGGGGAACGGCACCGAGCACCACCACCAGCACUGCGUCGUCUCCACGGUGGCUGGAACAACCGCGUCCACAACCAGUGCGCCUGCGUGUGAGGAGGCGAAGCUGUCGGCCGAGGAAGAAGUCUACCGGCUGCACUCUGGGGACCUGUCAUGCUUCACUGCCAGCAUCGGUGGGGGUAACGAGGGAGCACAAGCCACUGGAGAGCAGCUGGGAGACCUGUUUGGCUAUGGCUCUGACUUUGCCAAGGGCCUCCAGGCCGAGGGUCGGGACAGUCCUGUGCUGCUUAGCAUCAAGGACGAUGAGCUCAGUGACGGUUCCAAGGAGGUGGCACGCAUAAAAUGGGACAAUGAGGAGAGCUACAAGCUCCUGGACAGCAUCAUGGAAGCAGACGCAUCGGAGAAGCUCGAUUGUGUAGCAGACGAAAUGAUGGCUACCGAUCCAACUGGGCAGCAGCUUCAAGCCAGCAUGGAGAGCGCGGCACGCAGCCUGCUCGAAGACAUCAAAGCCAGCUCCGAGGCGCCAUCUCAAUGACUCUAGGCCAUCCAGCUGGAUCUUGCUGAUUCAUGCUCAGUGCUGCUACAGUGACUGCCUUGCUUCAUGGAUGGUCAUCGCUAUGAGAGCCGUGAAAAGGCUUGUUUUCUGUCCAUGAACUGAAAGACUUGAACCCAGUACAGUGCAGCCCUACUCAAGCUGUGUUCUAUGGCACAUCCCUUGCACAGUGGAAAGGAAUCGUGAUUCGGGAAGCACAGUUGGCAGACAGUUAUACCACUGAGGAAGAGACGGCGACCAUGUGUGCUCUUCGACACAGGUUUUGCGUGUCAUUCUGCGUCAUUCUAAGUGAAUCGUCAGCACCACAUCUUUCCCAAUCCUACCGCCACCAGAAAAGAAAGUGCACCGGAUUUUGAAAGUGCGUCUCCCACUCAGUCUUUCUUUCUCACCUUCUUUGCUGAUUGACGCGCAUUCAUUGACCUCAGCUACAUUGUGUGGCCAUUUUUCACCCAUUGCAUGCCCACUGUGUUGCUCCUGUGUGCCUGUCUGUUCCUGUACUCCCUGUCUUUCCUUGUGAAGUACUGGUAUAGCAAUGUGUUGGCUAGGUAGCGACAUUGUUGUAUGCAUCAGCUAUGUAGACGAACUUCCCACUGUAAAUUCACGCGCUACCCCUUUAUGAGCCAGUACUACAGCACAUCACUGAUGUCAUUGAGACAUUCUUGGUAUCAGAAGCACCCACUGUGGCGUGUUUUCAAAGCAAGCUCAAGAAGUUUGACCAAGCACGCAGAGUGGUAUUUGUGCCACCGUCCCUUCGACAGUGCGCCUGGCAUUGCUAGUUUUGUGUCAAUGAACUCCACCUCAUUGUGAAGCAUAGACAUACCUCCUUGUAUUGUGCGCUUUAUUUGGAAGACGUUGCUUGUGAUGGUCAUCAACAUAAUUGGAGGCUGGCAGCGUGUGUCACAUACAGAUCUCCUACAUUUGUGGCCACAUGCCUGCACGCCAACAAGUUCCCUUGGUUAUUUGGAAUUUUUACAGCGUGCGUUACGGCAGUUCCGACAGACUCGCACAUUUCUGCUCUGCAUCCUCCAAGUAUGCUGUGAUUGCAUUUAGGAUGUGCUAAUUAUAUCUUUACUUUCAUUAUGAUUGUGGGGAACUGCAUAUACUUUACGCGUGGAAUAUUUUAUGGUUGCCUCGAUUUUUUCUGAAGACUGCUUUAUUUCUUCAUCAAAUUGAGAUUUCCUGUACUGUGCUUAAAGUGAUGACUGUUGUGAAAUGUUGAAUGGCAGCUGUAGCAAGAAAUUAAUUUCCUUCAGGGCAGCACAAGCAACUGCAAAGUGUUUGUGCCAUCACCCCGCCUGCCCAUCUAUCACUUCACACCACUAAGAAGUCACUAAUGCUACCUUUUUGUGCCACUCUGUUGCUGCUUUCGCGAGAGUGUAACAGCCUCCCCUCGCUGUCAGUGAACCUUAGCUCACAACUUUUGUGCAGUACGGAUCCACUUGUCGGUACCUGUGCACCGUGAGUUAGAUGCCUUGUUGGUUUAAGGGUGGUUUGUUGUGCACAAUGUCAGUCCUUGUGUUUCAGCAAAGAGGGAUGUGUAGGGUCGGCGUAACAACGAGGUGGCACCACCGUAGCAGCCUCCUUGUAGAACGAGCCAGAAUGAUGGAUGAUGCAAGGGACAGCAGGAAAAGGCAACACACAUGUUUUCUUUUUUACAAGUUCUUGCACUAUUGGCCAAGUGUUGCAAAAAAGUAAACCUUAAAAGCAGAAAUCACUUACAUACUCAAUCUUUAAAGGAACAGUAAAGGCAAAUAUUAGGUACUGUUAACGUGUCACAUUAGUGUUUUGAAAUGUAAAAAGCGUAAUGUUUCCUAGAACACAGAUUUUGUAAGAAAAUACGUAAAUGUGUGGACUAGAUCGGCACCACCGCUUCAGAAGUACAGAAUCGUCUCCCAAUGUGGUCUUGUACUCCAAUCAAACGAUUAAAUUUAGUGACACUGAGUGACUGCGCUUCGCGGUUAGUGUCACUCUAUGAGAUGGAAAGCUCUAGUGACACUUGCUGCGGGGUGCACUUGCCAGUGAGUGUGUUUGACAAACUCACUUUGCUGCAAUCAAGUGUGUAGUUUCGGUAACCGUGCUUCAAGAACAUCUAAAUAAAUGCUCACAGAUGAAUCAGCACUAAUUCUUAGACCACUUUUCCGUGACCUCAUUUGUUAUGAGCAUCUUUGCGACAUCAAUGAAGCCAGAACGGGCUUGAAAUGUUCAUUUUCCGUCGAUUCCGUCAUUUUGACCCUGUGAAUGUUUUAUAUGUUCCUUGCUUUUAUUGGCUCAAAACAAGUAUACAUGUUAAUGGGAUUAAAGUAUUUCUAUUUCUAAUUGCAAAGGUUCUUAUAAGUAAGCAUUCUAUUUUUUCCUAAUGAAACAGUAACGCUUUCUAAAGUUCAAAAUGCCGAGAAUCAUACCAACCACUAUGGCUUCAUAGAUCGUCAUUGUCAUUAAUUUGGUCGUCUGACUGGGGUAUUAUACCUCGCACAUUCUUGGUACUCGCAAGGGUACCAAACUCACAAGGGUGGUGGUUUCUGCCAGAGCAUGACCUCCAAGACCGCAGUCAACACACAGGGGUCUUUGUCGGCAGCAACUUACAGAUUGCAUUUUUAUAACUUACAUUCACCCGUUUUGUCAGGAAACCUGCCCUCUCUUGUUGCAAUUUUGUUAACGACUGUGGUACAGGACAUCGGCAGGCUUUCUGGGCCACAAUCUGUUGCUGUAGUUGGACUUAGUGUUUGUCAUCAGUAUCCCUUUAAGCAAAAACAGAAAAUUUUUUAAUUCCAAGUUUUUCAAGGUUACUUCACAUCAUUCCGCUGCUCAAUCAUUUGAGCAAAAUCUGUCUUACAAAGAAUAUUUUGGCAUGUUCACAUCUGCAUUUAUUUUCUUGUGACAUACAAAAAAAAACUUUAAAGUCAGUUGUAGCAUCCUCAGGCCUGUCAACACUUUUCUACACUGCCUCGAUUGAGCACAUAGCAUACAUAUGCCGUAUUUUCUUGUGUACUCCCUGCACUAGAAAUUUAAGAAGUUGAACUUUGAAGCGGGUAUGCAAGUGAUGAAGCGAUAAAAAAUGUAGCCUUGCUAUUUGGCUUCACAGCAACCCGUUGUGCAUUGCCAUCAACCGUGCGAGUGCAAAGAGCAUUUGGGAAAUGGUUGUUGCCCGAAUGUACAAAAAAAUUUUUCUGGAUGCUUGCUCUCUCCUGAUUAUAAUGAGGCGUUGUUUCAUGUGGUUACUUUUGCAUAUCGCAUAUUCCAUGUUUUGUUUUUUAUUUGUGGGUUGUCGUGACUGGGUUAUGCGCGGGAGAAUACGGCAACCAUUGUGCUCCAUGUACUGAUGCUGCUGUUUUCAUAUGAGGAAUGGUGCCUUCGUAAAUCUUUAGGCUGUUGUUGAUCGCACCAAAUAGUAAUCUUCAAACUUCUUUUCACUUAUAGAAUUGCAAGGUAGCAAUUUGCAUAAGGUGCUUUCCUAUUUCAACAUAUUUGCACGAAUAUAAUGUGAACGACUGUUUCUUUCUUUAGAUCUAUUAGAACCAUUAAAAAUACCUUGCAUUAUAUUUUUAACUGUGUUCUGCAUAAAAUGCAAUAGAUUUUUACCCCUAUUUCACACUUAAAAAUUCAGCGAGCUCCCUUACGAAUUAACCGAAUCACACGGGAAAGCCAGCUUUUUAGUGUCCUAUGGGGAAUGCAGAUGUGCGCAUGCACAUUAGAGGACGAGAGUCGGCAAUGAAGCAAGCAUGCAGCAAGUAAGAAACGAGGUUCAGGUGAUUUCUAUUUGUCGGGAGUGCUUAUCUAAGGGCUUCGAGGCCAACAGCUCGAUCUGCUUCGGCAGCAGACUUCUACACGGUCUGCUGCAUGAUGCAUCAUUAGUUUGUGUAAUAACUGCCGUCUAGCUUUCCUUGUUUCUGAAAUUUUAGAAGUCGUCGAUGAUUUGUUAGUUGCCGCGUUACGUUAGUGCACAUGUGUCUACUCUCCAUUACUGUUUGCUGUUACAAGUAGCAUCGCUGAAUGAUUUUAUGCUAGCAAGUGCAAACAAGCGGCAAUUGUAUAUUGCAAUAUUCUCUCAUACUGGCAUUCUUGGGUAAUCUUGUUUGCCAGCAUCAAGCCAGCCAAUUUCUCGGAAGCGCUGCAGCGUCAAUAUAAAACUUCCAAUGCAUUCAAGAUUGAGCAAGGACAAACGAAGCUGGUAUUCGUCAUAUUCAAGUGGUUAGUGAAGCUUCCUUCUGUAUAGUUUUGCGAUAAAAUACUGUAAUUGUAUUCACUGACCAGGUCAAAGGUGUGAAAGGUGAAGGAUUGGUAUUCUGGAGCCCUUGUCCGUGAGGCAAACAACAGUAAAUUUAUCAAAUGCAUAGAAGAUGGCACAGUCAUAUUGAGUUGACUGCCAUAAUGUAGCUGUUCAUCCUGUUCAAACUGUAGGGCAAUUUUUGAAUAAGAAAUUUCCAGAGAUUGAGUCAUCUGGUUUCUGACUUCCAUCGUGGUAGUGGCAUUCUCCGAGUUGAUGACAACUCUGUUGGUGGAUGGACACUCGCACAAAGUGCGUUGGAUCCUUGGCUUUCCUCACUGACAUCAGAAACCUGUGGAGUUUGUAAUCACAGCGUUGAAUCACUUGUUGCAAGGCUUGUUGUGCAGGAGGUAGUGGUGCAGCUCUCGCAUCCAUUUUCAGUGUGGGACAUUGUCACAAGGAUUGAACAUUGCAGUCAUUAUCAUGUGAAGAAAGCAGUGGUGUAAUGUUAUGGGCUACAUUGAAAGGUAAGCCUGUGAGCCUGCUGGGGCCAAUAUGACGGAAAACAAUUAUUCGUCAUCUGUUCACAGUUCCUUCAUGCUUUGUUUCAUUAAUUAAGUCAUCAGCUUAUUGAUGUAGGAAUAGGAACCCUGGUUUGCUGUACAAUAGUGUUGUCACGUCUUAUGGUAUAAAAGGACAAUGUUCCAAUAACUGUGUAGCCAAAGCUUGUGGUGUGUUUUGGCACUUUUCUGCGUAAUGGGAAGACUGUAAAAAUAAGUACACGAGGCUCAAGAACAACCAUGUCAGGUUAAUUUCUAAUCCACUGAUUCAAACUACAUACAUUCAUUUCAGAUGAAUAUGUGUGCAGUUUCUGCACAUUCUUUGGUAUCGGUGUAUGUUUUAUGGGGGCGUAUAUUAAUGACGAAGGCGGUGCUUACCAAAAGACAUAAACUGCUUGCUUCUCAUCAUGCUGAUCCACAGUGUACAGUCAUCUUGAUGUAUUUGUGACCUGAAACUGAUUAACAGUCCACAUGAAGCAUCAGCUGUUUACAUGUAAUGUAUAAUAACUUGUACAUAUUGUAUUCUUUUUAUUUUUUGUAUGGCUGAUAAGUCCAUCCUUCUCAAGGGAACCCCAAAUCAGUUUCAUGACUGAAACGAUUCACGCGAUUGUAACAUUUAAAGGCAAAUCCACACUAUUUGUUAGGGAAGCCAGUGGCAGCCAAAAAAGAUUUCAAAUCCUCCAUCCCUUCUUUGUAACAUAUCAGGGCAAGACAAAAGUAUAUUUUGGCUGCCAGCACAACUGCAGCCACUGCCUCAGUAAUACACUAAUGUAGGAUCAACAUGCGCAUGUAGAUGGCAUGUACAGACGUUCAUAAUUCUAACUUGGAGCACUUGAUUGGUGCACUGUGAAGUCAAGCAAGUGAUAUAUUGUGUUUGUGCUCAGUCUGAUAGACGAUGCUUGCUGGAAGCAGCAGCCCCACAAACAUGUGUGCCACAUAAUGUUGAUCUCAUCAUCCCAAGCCUUCGGAUUGCUGCGGUAUCACUUUUUGCUUACUCUGCAGCACUGCACUCGAGUGCUUAACAAUCCCUAACAAUAUGCUAGAACAUAUUGUUAAGGAUUGCAUCAGCAGGCGAGAUGAUGGCAUGCUGAGCAUAUCGGCACAGCAGCAAAAUAGCAAAUAGUUUCUGUGUGCUGGACGAACUACCUUAACUGUCAAAGACAUCUGCCAAUGCCUUCUCACACAAUCAACCUUUCACUGUAGUGUCAGUCAUGUUCUGAUCAAAAAAACUAGGUUGUCAUUCAGUAAGCAAGAAAUAGCAAUUAGCUCGCAAGGUAUGAUGGCAUUUCAUAGUUCCCCUGCUAAGGAACUAUUCAAUUUAGCCCCAUGACAUAUGCUGAACUUUGCAACUGUGACGUGCUUGGACCAGUAAAAACUAUGUUUUGCAGCAGUUUUCAUUUUCCCAACUCCACACAAGUGCAUUUUUUGUGAAUGUAGUAAGCGUGACCACAAAGUCUAUUACAAGACAUGUUUUGAUGUCUUCCCACACUCUUCAGCGACUGCAUUGGGGUUCCUUCGAGAGGGUGCACUGAUAGCUGCUCUAGUCAUGACCACAUAGUUUGUCAUGGCUAAAUUGGUGCUGCGCAAUUUCCACUGCAUGUACAUGUUUUGUUUGAAUGCGCAGUGCUAGUAGUAGUGUGCUCAUUGUCUUAAUGUGUUGCAUUUAUUCAUUCAUGCCAUGUGUUAAUCAGUGAUCUGAAUAUAUUGUUGUCCCCCAGAAGGUACUGAUUGAUGUGUAACAUGUUGACAUGUCAUCUCGUAGAUUCCUUUUUGUAAUAGGCUUUCUUUUCUUCUGAACGCCAGAGCUCAUGUUAUUGUAGAGAACAGCCCAGUCUACAGCAAUACCUUGUCCCAUUUUGGCAGGUUGAGAAGCGUGACAAAUCUCUCUCAGUCAUUGGGGAGAAAAGAAAGUCUUAUUGUCCGCAAAAGCGUGUGCUCGUGUAUAUUCCCUGUACCUCUAAUUCUGGUUCGUUGUGGUAGAGCUCCUUUCUAGGAAAGAGUGUUAAAGGUUGUAAUAAUUGUGCUGCAUUGACACCAAAGCCUAUUUUUUUGUACCUUAUUUUUAUGGUAGCUUAACCAACUAAUGUAGCAUUUGUGUGAGACAUUUCCACUCAACCUUGCCGACGCAGGUUCAUUGACACAUAAUUACACUCACUGGCACUUUAAGCCCAUGAGCAUGAACUUGCACAUGCUCUCAUUUAAUCUUCACCACAUCCCUUCUUUUUUUUUCUCUUCAUUUUUGUUGCAUUCGAUUCAUUGAUCGCCCUGUCAUCGGCAUUGUUUUUGUACAGCAACUGAUGAGCUUUGUGUACUACAUGUUGUCAUGUUGUCUGUGUUGUCAACAAUGGCUUCGUGAUCUUAAAUAUAUUGCAGUGAAAACUGU